GAAGGAGGAGCGGAGAUGAGGUGACAUUAAAGUGUUCGUUAUUUGCAAGAAGAAAUAUAAUUUCAUUUGUGACGCAACAGAUAUACCACACACCACAUUUCCCCAGGAAAUUCGGUUGAACUAAAUUAUGAUAUUUCAUUUCGUUCAGCCCCCCCCCCUAUUUGAAUAGAGAGGGAUGGAUUCAAAACGCAUCGCUUAAGUGGGAUUAUCAGUUUCAUUACCAACCCCGGUGGGAAAUGUAAAUUCAUUUUUUCUCCACAAAGCCGUAUCAUCGCAACUUUUGCACUCACACGCGGGGCUAAUUAAUCCGCGCUAUAUUGCUUUCGCUCAAUCAAUUAACAAUAGUCUGGUGAACAAUUGACCCUGAGUCGUUGGAUGCAACUUUUGUUUGUGUGCUUGUGCGCUGACUUCAUCCAGGGACAGUAGGUAUCAUCAGUUCACUGGAGGCUGGUGGACGGGAGCGACUGGUGCCGAUUCAGAACUAUUGUGCCGUCAGGCUGUCCCCAACUGAGGAAAAGUGCUGUUAUGCUUACAUUUUCGGACUAUCAUCUUUGUAAAACAGAGUGCUCUGAUACACCUUAAAAAAUUAAAAUUGGAUUUUAAUCGCCUCCAUUCAGAUGUUGAAUUCUGCUGUUCGGUCCCACAUGUUGAAUUUGCCGUCAUAAAGCACACAGACCCUAACGUUACCGACCCGAAUAAAGAUCCACCUGCUUUCCCUUGGCAUCUACAAUAACGCAUUCUCCAUGUGCGACCAUUCGCGAUCGAUUGGCGUACUAGCGGCAGGACUCUGACUCAACCUUUAUCAAUCAUGCAUUACUUGUCGUUUUCACCGCGCUGGUAAGUCGAGCGACACCCCGCUUUAUUUAGAGAAGCAACAGCUGACUGGAGAACGUUAUUGAUUUCAUUUCGUGUUAAAAAUUUGAAGUCACAUUUAUUGGAUAAAUAAUAACGGUCUAUUCAGCGAGUUAUCAGCAAAGAUUACUUAGUGACUGCUUUACCAAACGUGCUGUCUGCAGGUCGUUCUCAUAAAGGGACUCCUUUAACGGGGAACCUGAUGCGAAUUUUUCGCCAAUAGAUAUUUCAAAACUGUAUAUCACUAUGUAGAAAACUAAAACCAUUAUGGUGUUUCUUAACCUGUUGUAAAGCUUUUCUGAAUGUAACCGUAAAUUAUAUUAGCUACUACCGACGUGCCUUAUUAUAUAAAGAUUUAAAAUACGAUAACCAAUUGCCAUGGAUCAAUUGCUAAAGUCAUCCAGAGGACAUUUGAAGUUCCUUGGUUUACUCAUUGUAGCAGCGUUGGCUAUGCCUGCUUCAGGCGUGGACGUUGGGGAAGGAGCUGUUGAAGUGUCGCUACCCGCUGUUACCGAUGAAUUGCCGGUGCCCGAGGGCGUCCUGGACGGAGAUUGCAUGAACAUUUCUUUGAAGAACAAUGAUUGGAGCUGGGAUGGCGUCGAUAGACAACAGGCAGAAGGAGAAACUGCACUGCUGCUCAGGACACUGAUCAAAAGACUUAACAAUGCGACCCAACGAAUUCACGAUGACAAUCCCAAUCUGAAUUUGACACAGUUCAUAAGGGUUGUAGCCAGUCGCUCCUCCCUGUUGUUGUUGAAGAUCAAAUCGUUCGCCCGUGUCUUUGGUCAGAUAAACUCCUUCUAUGGAUACACUUGCCGGAACGGAAAGGAUCUCUUACGACAUGCCCUCAACAGAAACAUUACCGCGGAUGAAUUUGAAGAUUUCGAUGACGAGCUAUCUGAAGAGAUAGAUGCUGCUAUCGAUGAGGUUAUGGGUGAUGAAAAUGGGGAUGCAGAAGAAGGCGGUGAGGCGGCGGAAGAGGAAAGCGGUGGGGAAGAAACGGAGCCAGGUCGUGGUCCAGGUCCGAAACCGAACGGCAAAUCACUUGGAAUGCAGAACAAGACACUUGCCAUACGAAAAAGAAACAAAAUUGCAGUCAGGAUGUUCAUAAAGAAAGCUCUCGUUGCUUUGUUCCUGUCACCACAUCGGUUCAAAGGAUCUAAGAUGUCUCUACAAGAAGUUAUCCAGCGACUUGGAGAAGAUGGGAGACUCGGAAGCAUAGACCAGAGCAAGCCGAGACACGUAGGUGGCAGGAAUGAAACUGCGGAUAGCACGGAGGUAGCUGGGGAUGAUGACGUCUUGACAGGCAUAAUGGGCGAGGACUCAGACGAGAUUAUGGAUAUCUUCGAAUCCGUAGAAUGGUUUGAUGACGAGGGUGACAACUCCGACGUUGAAGAUGAGGAAGAGGUCCGCAGGAAAUUCACACUUGAAGGAUACCUGCUCAAGCUUAUGUCUGUGUAUGUGAACAAGAGUGCUUCGUGCGCGAGACGAGUCACCAGGUUCAUAAGGCAGAGAGCCAAGCAUCUACCGAAUAUGACAGAUGAUGAAGAGGAAUUCACUGAUCUCUGGAAAGAUUACACGAAAUUGGUUCGUCAGAUGAAUGCUUCGGGGCACCAGGUAGCCAGCGAUGGUUCACUGCGUAACGGAGGUGAGAACUCCUCGAGCGAAGUUGAAGGGCAAUCUGGGAAUCCUCUGCAGGAAGAUGGUCCACUUGUCUCAAGGAUUCGUAACAUCACGCAACGACUCGCUGAGGGUAAAUGGAGAGGAAAGGGGGGCAUCGAGGGUCGCUUCUAUGUGGUUGUAUUGAAGAUGGCUCAAGUGAUCAACGACUGGGGAAAGGCAGGCUUCUUGACCAAUGGAACAUACUUCGACGCCAAUUGUUCGCCUGGUCGAUCGUCGAGUGAGGGCGCCACGACAACCUGUCGCAUAUGUCCUACAGAUGCCUCCACUGGGAACCUUCGAAUGCUUCUCUCUGAGCUAGAUGACACAAUCGAAGAGGUCUAUGACGGUAUUAGGGACAGAGUGGAUAGACUGACUAAAGGAACACCCAAAGAAAAACUGACAGGAAUGUUCAAAAAACCACGGCGACUUCUCAAUACGCACGGUGCCGACUGCUUCACCCUAACCUUCACAACAGAAGACUGGCGUCUCUUUCAGUACGAGAGCCUCAUUGGAAAAACAAAGGAUGGUGGAGACGAAGGUACUAGUGAUGAGGGCGAAACUGAUUCGGAAGAGGAUGAUGACGAGGAAGACAUGGGUGAUGUCGCAGACGAAAACGAUCAGGGAGAGGAAAAUACAAAGGCAAAUGUAGAAAGCGAAGUGGACCAGGAAGGGACAGAUAGAAAAGAUGGUCACCAGGCCCGUAGGUCACCUUGUCCUCGUGCAAGGAAUAUUCUUAACAGCCAAAGUAGACGGAUUCGGAUGGUCACUAGGGAUAUUACGAUUGGAAGGAUUGUGCGGCUUAUUGUGAGGCAAUCUGCGGUUCGUAUGCUAAAGGUUCUGACAUUUGAAAGAGUUUUUAAAAUGAUUCACGGAUCAAACAGUUUUAUUUGCACGAAUGCAGAACCUCUCAUGAGGGAAGCACUAGGUCCCAACGCAACCUAUCUAGAACUGUCAAACAUGUCGGCAGUUCUAAAGGCUAUCAAUCGAACGAUAGCCGAAGUCCGUAAGGAAAGUAUUUCCACAAUUUCGAGCUCUAGUUAUAGGUCAGAAGGGUCAGAACCAUCAGGUUCACGAGAAGGCAUCGGACCAGAUUUAAGAGAAGGGUCUCCUCCAUUGGGUUCACGAGAGGACCCGAGGCCAGAGUCAAGAGAAGGGUAUCCUCCAUCGGGUUCACGAGAAGGCCCCAGGCCAGAAUCAAGAGAAGGGUCUCCUCCAUCGGGUUCACGAGAGGACCCCAGGCCAGAGUCAAGAGAAGGGUCUCCUCCAUCGGGUUCACGAGAGGACCCCAGGCCAGAGCCAAGAGAAGGGUCUCCUCCAUCGGGUUCACGAGAAGGCCCCAGGCCAGAAUCAAGAGAAGGGUAUCCUCCAUCGGGUUCACGAGAGGGCCCCAGGCCAGAGUCAAGAGAAGGGUCUCCUCCAUCGGGUUCACGAGAGGACCCCAGGCCAGAGUCAAGAGAAGGGUCUCCUCCAUCGGGUUCACGAGAAGGCCCCAGGCCAGAGCCAAGAGAAGGGUCUCCUCCAUCGGGUUCACGAGAGGACCCCAGGCCAGAAUCAAGAGAAGGGUAUCCUCCAUCGGGUUCACGAGAAGGCCCCAGGCCAGAGCCAAGAGAAGGGUCUCCUCCAUCGGGUUCACGAGAGGACCCCAGGCCAGAAUCAAGAGAAGGGUAUCCUCCAUCCGGUUCACGAGAGGGCUCCAGGCCAGAGCCAAGAGAAGGGUCUCCUCCAUCGGGUUCACGAGAGGGCCCCAGGCCAGAGUCAAGAGAAGGGUCUCCUCCAUCGGGUUCACGAGAGGGCCCCAGGCCAGAGCCAAGAGAAGGGUAUCCUCCAUCGGGUUCACGAGAAGGCCCCAGUCCAGAGUCAAGAGAAGGGUCACGACGUUAUGCGAGUUAUGCGAGUGGAUCAAGUGAUUACGGCUACAAAGCAAAGAAUCCAAUGAAUACCCGGAAGGCGGAGGAAGGACGAAGUCUUUUGCAACGAUUCAGACAAGCAGCAAUCAUUGGAUUAUUCUCUGCGCCUCGGAGAAUAAAUAACCAAAGACUGUCUCUUUCCGAGUAUGUAGCGAUGUUGGCUUCUCAGUGUCAACAUCAAAGACGUGGACCAAACUCAGUGUUCCGUGACUUAGACAAAUGGUUGCAGGAAUAUAGAGAGAAUGUAAAUGCACGUAACCUUACCAUUAAAAGACAUAACAAAUCACUUACAUUCUUAAAGCCAGAAGUUCGUCCUCAAAACAUCACAUCAAGGCGAGAAAGGUAUCAUCGUGGCCAAAGGAUGGAGAUUAUUACUUCAUCCUCUUUCAAGUUUUGUUUGCCUGACGAUACUCAUGGCCACUGCGGCAGCAGGGAGGAACGCUACGGUAAGGUGAUUGAUAGAUUUAUAGGAAUGUCUACCAGUGCCAACACAUCAAUUGUAAAGGAAGUAGACAGAGAUAAACACGAAAAGGCUAAGGCAGAGACGGAAAUGCAUCAAUUUACCAUUGAAGAAUUUCUUGUAGAGCUGAUGAUAUCGAUGUCCAAGAAGACUUCUUCCUGUGCGAGUAGAAUUAAUCGUGCCUUGAGCUUACAUGGAAAGCCUGUGUUUGGUGUUCCUAAAAUGAAAAAAUACAAUGGUACAAAAGCUUCGGAACCUCAUAGUGCAAAAGGCAUUGCUGCAACGCAGACACCCGAGAAGAAAUCGGACACAUCUGGAUCUGAGAGUGGAUCUCAAUGGCAACCUGGGAGAAGAGUAAAGCGAAGUGAGGAUGGGUCGGGUACAUCGAAAAGAGGAGAAGGGGAGGACAGAGCAGGUAGUUCGGACGAUGGAAGAGAAAGUAGUGAAUCGGACACCUCAGAUAGAGGAGGAGGAAAGGGCAGUUCAGAUGAUUCGCAUGCUGGAUCAGAAAGAGAUGAAACGGAUCGCGCUGGCCCUUGGCGUUCGUGGGAUAGAGCGGAUUACUCGGGCUACCGUCGAGGGAAGGAUCAAUCGGGUAGCACGGAAGACGAACAAGGGGAGGACGAACCUGAUAAACGAAGUAAUGACGAAUCAGAUAGUCGGAGAGGAAAAUUGGAUUGGGAUGGACUGGAUGGUCUCCCGCUUGGGAAAAACCAAACAUUAAUGGGACCUUUGAAGGACAGACAUAGCAAGAUGUCUAAGAUGUAUAAGGAGUACUUGGAGAGCAGGAAAUCUUGCCGAGAGUUCGACUUUAUCGAACGUCGGCUGGAAGGCCACACAUGGGAUGAAACCUACCAAGUUAGCUUGUUCUAUUUCAAGGUUUUGAUGAAAAUUUCAGAGAUGAUAGACUUAUGGGGACGUUCCAUGCGGGAAGGAGGAGAAACCUUAUACGAUACAUCGUGCCAGCAAAAUGAAGACGGCGACGUUUUAACAACAUGUAAGGUAUGUCCUAGAGAGUCCGCAGUCGGUACUUUCGAAGACCUUGUUGGCACUAUCGAUGACAUCCUUAGAUCAACUAAGGAGACUCUAGCAACGGGUGUCAAUGACUGGAAACAGAUCGGGAUAUCUAAAAAUAAUGGAACCUUAUGGCAAAAUAGCGAUAAAGAAAGAAAGGGUCAAAAGGGUGACGAUGACGAAAGGAAGGGAGCUGAAGGGAAAGAGAAAAGCGAAGAAACUGAUGGAAGACCAGGAAGAAGACCUGGUGGCAACCCAGGAAGACACCCAGGAGGUAGAACAGAUCAAAGAACAGUAUAUCGACUUCCAAGACUUGUCUUGGAUGAACAUAUGUUCACACUCUCCUAUGAUGAGGAAUGCACCCCGUUCAGACUCACUUACACGAUUCCCAUGCCGCAAGAGGGCGCCCAACAAACCGAUGGCACUGAGGAGGAAGAGGAAGCUGAAAGCGAAAGGGGAGGCGAUGGUGAAACCAGGGAGGUGAUUAGUUACGACGAUUUCGGUGCGUUCAGACGGGCGGAGCAAUCACUACCGGAGAUGCCAUUUCUACUCAAUGGAAAACAGGCCAAACUGGCCAAAGGAAGUAGCAAUAUGAUUAGAAUCGACAACACGAAUUUUACCACCAAUAGAGAACUUGUAAUUUCUGGGAAAUUCUGCGGAUUGGGAUCGCGGUUGCUGUUGCUGUGCCCGACCAUUGAUGGUCGCUCCAGAAUUCGCACCGAUGAUGCACCUUCGGGAAAAUGCCACAACAUAUCCGUAUUUGUCGAGGCUCCCAUCAUUUCUAGCGCUCGAUUGACCAAUGAAGGCGAUGGAAUCAUCAUCUUUUUCAACAAGAAUGUGGCUAUCAAGGAUCUUCGAAAGUGUUCGAGCAUUUUCGACAAACCUACCAUCAAUCAUUUGGGUGAAAACGCUGUGUGCAAAUGGAAAGACGGGAAGAACUUGAUUGUUGGUCUGGGAUGUGAUGCAACCAUCACCACAGGAAGCAGCAUCACUCUUAAGCCUGAUAGGAUCAAAGCUGCUAGGAGUCUUUUCUCCCAUACUGCUUCCGGCACCGUCAAUGUGCUGGCUCCGAACGACCCCAAGCCCCCAAAGGCUGUUAUAGACGGUAGACCGAAGGUUCCCGCUUGUGGACAGUUCGCCCUCUCCGGUCGACCUUCGACAGGUGGCCGGUCAUGUGGUUUAACAUACGAGUGGGCACUAGUGAGUCCGACGGAGGAUGUCGAUUCUAGGCUGACAGAUAAGAUUCAAGAAGCUAACGAUGCUAAUAAUGACCGGAUGGUCUCCACUACCGAGGCCUUGCCAGAGGUAAACCCGUACACAUUUAGGUUGACCGUGACCAAUAAGCUCGGGCUGUCUAACUCUACUGAAUUCACCAUACGCAAGAGCAAUGUCCCAGAGCCGUGGUUAGAAAUUCAAAAGAAUGGUAACAUAAAAGGCACCAAAGUUUCGGCGAAUAAGAAGUUUGGCCUUAUUGCCCAAUUUACCUUUGAACAAGGAACUGGAUGUGAAAAGCUUGUCGCCUCACGUGCUGAAUACCAGUGGUCCGUUGAAGGGGUUGAGUUCGAUGAGGACGCCCUCCGUAAGAGAGGACUUCGCUUCCUACCAAGUAAUCUAGUUGGUGCAUCGGAAAUCACUGCAACUGUAACGGUGACCUACGGGAGUCCAACCGACCAGAAAACGAAGUCCGCUUCAGUGACGCUGACUGUCGUAAAGGCGCCGCUCAGAGCACGCAUCAAGGGCGGCGAUAGUAUCACCGUUGGGACGGCUUCGGACUCAGUCGAUCUAGAUUGUUCAUUUUCAAACGAUCCAAGCUACCAAGGGGAUGAGCCCGAUCCCGGCCUUGAUUUCCGGUGGGGAUGUUGGGAUGAGACCUCAAUACUCACAUGUGAUCUACCCAGUUCACAGGAGGACACAGACGUAGCCAUAUUGACCAUCGAGCCUUCAUUGCUAUCAAUAGAUAAGACAUAUUCCAUCUCUUGUUACGUCAACAAGGCUGGGUUUGAAGAGGUACACGACAGUGUGAAGGUUUCCGUCACAGAAGGAAGUCCUCCAAGGAUUUCGCUGGCACUCCUCGGAUCAAAUGAAGGCUCUUACAAGCCCGGGCAAGACGUGGAAAUAAGGGUCAUGUUCAACGGCAAUUACAGCGAAACGGUGCUGGAUGACCUGCGGGGUGGUCUCGAUGGAAUUGGUGAUUCGCAGUACACCGUUAUCAUAGAUAAGACAAGGGAAGACCAAGAGACAGCAGAAUCCGAUUCUCAGGACAGUUCUUCAGACAAGCCUUACCAACUAACAAUCUCCAAGAAGAGGACGCGAUACACCGUGUUGCUUAAGAUUGACAAAUCCAUCCUGACCCCCGGAAGUCAAUACGGCCUCGGGGUCAAGGUCGUCAGUGAAUCAAGUGAAGGGUUAGCAGAGAUUGAUUUUAACGUCUACGACAUGGUCACCGGCUGCACAUUUGAAUUUGGAGAAAAUGGAGAUUAUGAAGAUACUGCCUCUGACGUGACGUACGAAGUAUCCGGGUGCUCUGUUGACUCUCUUGAGGGUCUCACCUACCGGGCUUUCACCCAAUUCAGAUCUAGGAAACGCCUCCUAGGGGAAACCUCUCAGGACAGCACGUUCACGGUAGAUCACGAAGUUCUCGAUAUUGUCAAGAAAAGGGUCGAGGCCGGCGAUGCUGUAGACUUCAAAGUCGGCGUUAAGGUCUGUAAUACUACCAGUGGCGUUUGUUCCGAAUUCCUAAAGAAUGCAACUUACGCAAUGGGCACACUCAGUGAGGAGGAGCUCGAUGAAGAGAAGCAACAAAUCCAGGAUUUGAAGUUAGAAGGAAGAUCAGUUGAAGGACUCAAAAAAGCAAACCGCGCGCAGAAGGCAAGGGCCUCGCAGACGACUGGCGUAGAGAGAAAGAAACGCGCCGCCCCUGAUUGCGAUCAAGUAUUACUUGACUUACAAUACGAGCUCCUCGUGGAAGCUACCAGUGAUGAGGCUAAUUACAACUACAAUCCCGGGGAUGUCCUGGGCAUGUUGCAGGCGGACACUGACGUGCCUAUCACAUGUCUUACACUUGAACAGCAGAGAUCCACACUAGCCUCUACAAAGAGGGUUCUUGAAUCAGCGAGGGAUCUUGAAGAUCGUUUACCUCCGGAAACCGUAGAUGGCGUGCGUCAACAGCUUGAAGAUGCUAAGAUGACCUACCCUGACGCUUUCUUCUUUUCAGAGAACAGAAACAUCUUCGGGCUUCUCACCAAGGGCAUGAGUAAGAAUAUGGCACUGGGCGAAAAGGUUUCCUCAUUCGGUGAAAGCAUAUUUAUUUCUAUGGAUUAUACACUGAACACGGAUGCUAUCCAGAUAUCGAGGGGCGAUGGCAAUAUAGUAUUCCUUGGUGGCGAUGAUAUCAAAGACAGGUUUGAUACGUCAUGGGUUGGAUGCGGAUGCGAGGAUUGUGUUGGAAUCCUUCUAGAAUCCAUCGUGUUCCGGGGACAAGACUAUGUAGGCGGCGAGUCCCAUGACAGUGACGUAUUCCGCUUGCAGUUUUUCAGCCCAUGCGCAGACUCUACUGACCCGAUCGAAGUGAGGGACCUGUCCGAUCCGAUCCGGUUUUGGUACCCGGUUUCCGUGCAGCCAAAUGACAGACCAGUAUGCUCGUUCUUAGACCAGGGCACGGACGAGUGGAGCCAGGAAGGGUUGAAGGCGGCCCUCGAUGGGACGGACGUCCGAUGUGAAACCAACCACACCACCGAAUACGUAGUUGACUUGAUCAACGAGAACGGGCAAUCGACUUCGACCAUUCCCGAAGUGACAGAUACUACCACCCGUGGUGAUGACAACAACGAUGAUGAUGAUGACGAUGGACAUAUUGAUAUACCAGGGAUAAACGGUCUCAUCGGCCUUGGAGUAGGCGUCGUCGUGGGCAUCGUUGUCGCAGUCAUUGUCGUUCUGGCUGCAGUCAUCAUCCUGGUCGUUGUAGUGGUUAAACAUGUGAAUAAGCCCAAGAUGAUCAUUGAACCGGUUGUCAAAGCUUAAAGG